CUGUCCGGCUCUCGCACCUCUGGCACAAAGCUUUGAUCAGCACUUUAACCUACGUUUGGACUAAUAUUUGAUUUGCAAUAACUACUUUAUUGUGAAAGACUUAUUGACAAUAGUAAAAAAUGGCAGGAAGUGUUAGAUGUUUCAUGAAGUUUAACUUAGGACUCUUGAGUAAAAACGUUACUCGUCACGUCGCCUUGAAUCAAAAGCGGACACUAUACGACAAACAGGCUCUUGGACUGAACGCUUAUUUGAGUACAAGGAAAUAUUACCAGAAACAAUUUUUAAAUCUUGAGGAAGAGUUUCGUAAUAAAAUGGAAACUUAUGUAGCAAAUGAUGCAACUGGCAUGAUUUUUACGGAAGAUUUAAAAGUGAUGCUUCACCUGAUUGAGAAGACACCUCGAGACCUAAAUCUUAUUAUGAAAAUGUUGGAAAAGUUUAACAAUCAAAGUUGUGAAACGAGGUUUGGAAAUUACACCUUUGGUCCUAUUGUUAUGAGAGCCCUCUACAACCUCAACGAAUGGGAAUGUGCUCUCAAUCUGUUCAAUAAUCCAGAGUAUACUGUCUUCUUCAAUCAAUUAAUGACGUAUCAGAUCCUCAUGGAUUUAUUGUAUGAAAACAAGCAAUAUGUCGAGAUGCGACGAGUUUACAAUACAAUCCAAACCAGAAUCACGGAGGGAACGGUACAUCCCAGGAAUGCUCUUCUACUUGUCACUGCAGCAUGUUACAAGGAGAAUUCACCAGACAGUUUCCGAUAUGCUAUAGACCUUUGGACAGAAUUGAAUGGUCGUGGUUAUCCAGUUAUGCGAAGAGUUCUAAUUCAUCUCAGUGCUCUUGCACUGAUGCAAGGCCAGCCCAACAUAGCACUGGAAAUCUUAUCGACAUCUAAAAAACCACGUUACAUUGGCAUUCGAUGUAUUAAAAUAAUGGCAUUUGCUCGAAUUGACAGACUUUACGAUGUCAUUCCAUAUUUCAGAAACUCACUUCAAUUGGAUGACUCUACUACGAAAAAAGAGACAUACUUCAGAGACACGAUCGAAGAAGUCGAAGCUGCUAUCAGAAGAAACCAUAUUUCACCUCAAGCAGAAAUCGUCACACUCUUGAAGAUGAUAAAAAGCAACAAUUUGGUACAAGAAGAAACUCUAGAUGAUCACAUCAAUACCGAAAUCGUUUCAACAGGGCCGGUCGCUCCACGUCAAAGUAGCGAACAUCGUAUUCAUCGAACAGGCUCCGAAAUUUCUGGUCCCAAAUUCAUUCGCAGACCUGGACUGAGAGAGCUCGUGUAGAGUCGUCUAGUACAAACGAUAACUUCUCGGUAACAGAAAAAAGGGUCUGUAAAUUGUCUUGAAGCUAUAGAAAAAACUCGAUUUCAUACGAAUAAAUGAAAAUAUAACAGUA